UCUUAUCUUCUUAUCUUAUUAUUUUAGCUUUGUGUCAUGGUGUAACUCUGCUGCAUGCAGCCAUCAGUUCAAUUUUAGGUGAUUCCAUGUGAACCGCAGCCUAAGUUUCCUGUUCUUAGCUGACAUUAGGGGCAUCCAGUGUGGCCUUCUGCUGCUGCAGCCUAUCGGUUUUAAGGUUUGACAUGUUUAUGUUCAAAGUUGUGCUUCUGAAUACUUUGGUUGUGAGGAGUGGAGUGGCCUUGAUAUGGCCUGCACCUCACUGGAUAUUUUUUUCUUUGCCCAAAAGUCAGCUUAUCUGGCACAAACAACCAUGCCGCGUUCAAAGUCACUUUAAAUCAUAUUUCUUCCCUAUUCUCAUGCUCAGCUUAAUCUUCAGCAUGUGCCUUGUCCAUGUCUAACAACACUGAGUUGCUAACAAGUGUACAUAAGAAUGCGUAUGUCGGCCUCUGGUGGUAAUCCGGAAGAGGUUACAGUAAUUCCUAAACCUGUUUCAGCAGUGGAAUAAAACUUACCUUCAAUGUGUAAAUAUCUCGUUUAUUUGUAUCGACCGUUUUUGAAGUCGUUGUUCAGUUCAAAUCACAAUAAUAGAAACAACAACAACAAAAAAAACAGCUUUCUGAAAGGUCACAAGUUCACAUGAUCCGAACCACUGAUAAACUGAACCACUCCUGCAAGGACAGAGUAAAUAUAUGGGUCAUCAAGAGAUAAACCAAACAAUAAACGUUAUGUGGAGCCAUGCUUUGGUUAAGCAAAUACUUACGUAUCAUAAAAAGCACUCGAGCGCAUAGCUGCCAACAGAUUGAAGGAUACUGAAAAAAAUCACGUGGGCUGCAAAGAAAAGCAUAAACAGCAGUGCUUACGGGUAAAUCUGCAUUAUAUCUAACUCUGUAACGUAAUUCAACAGAGAAGCUGCUUAUCAAUCACGCAUUGGUGUGCCGCUGGCCAGCUGUUAUAACGUCAUGAGUCCUUCCAAUGUUUCCUCCCAAGUUUCGAAGUCGGCACCGCCUUUCCGCUCCACCGAAACUUCAAGACUCACCUGUCAGACUUGAGAAGGACACGCAGGGAAGGAAGAUUUCGUGGCUCGUCUGAAGAAAAGCUUUCCCAGAAGCUGUCUUGAGUAACGAUGUGAAGUCACUGACUGGUGUUAUUGAGGAACUGUUAAUAUAUUUUGAGAACCUCAGCUGGGACGUUAAUGUCACCGCGGUCAGCUUGUAUUUAUUACCAUUAAAAGUUGAGGCACAUAGGCACUUCCGGGUUGGAAAGAAUCUUUCCCAGGAUCACCAUGGUUGAUAUUCAGAUGGAAAUGUUGAAAUCCCAAGAAGAAUUCGAUGGAGCACCGGUUUCACGUGCUCAUGGGGGGACAUGUGUUACAUAUGGUGAUGCCAACACGAAUUCCAGUCCAACCGAAGCAGAGAGUCUCCUGCAACCAAGAAAUGGUACUAAUGGAGUGCAGACAUCUUCAUGUGAUGUAGAGUCUCAAAAAUCUGGAAAGGACUGCACUAAGCGUGGGAUAAAGAAAGAGCUGAAUGAGAAAGUCUUCUGGGAAAUUAGAUUAUGGAUGGUCAUAAUAUUCAUCCUCAUUGUCAUCAUUGCAGUGAUUUUUACUUCGCUGGCUAUAUGUGCAGCGAUCCAUCAGGAUGAGGAUGACAUAUUUGACCCUUCAUCGUUUACAGUCAUUCAGAAUUUCCGUGGGAGCUUCCAGAUGCCAAACCAGGUCUUCACAGACGAACUCGCCACCAAUUCCUCCAAUAAAAGCCAAACACUGGCUACAGAACUAGGAACAAAGCUCUCUGACCUCUUCAAAACCUCAUCUGCACUGGGGCGAUACUUCAUCAACGCAGAGAUACGCGCUUUCAGGAACGGUUCAGUCAUUGCUGACUACAAGCUGACAUUUCACAUGCCUGAAGAGGAGAAGGAUCAGCUGAGGAAUUUUACUCUGAGCAGGGAGAUGGUGUACAACGUGUUCAGACAGUUUCUUUAUGACCAGGAAUCUGAAUCGGACCCAAUGUUCAUUGACCCAGCUUCCCUAAAAAUGGUUUUAGGAAACUGAGGACAAGAAGUUUACAGCGAGACCAGAAAACCAGUUCUUGGUUUCUUUUUAGUUUUUAUAAGCCACUAAACCUCCGUGAUGUCACGUCGAUGUCAUUGUUUUCUCAUGAGUCUGCAUAUGAGACGCCUUUACCACAGGAGGCUACAUGACCAUUGUUGCGCCACCCCGCAAGUAAUGGUAGUCAUGUGUGUGUUUGUGUGCGGGAUAUUUUUUUAAGGUUAAAAUAUAACCUAUAGUCAAACUCACAAAAAAUGGAAAACAAACACAAAAAACAUAUUUUUAUUGAAAGAAAUACAUUGAGAUAUUGUACUUAAGAUUUCACUGUGUUUUACUGUUCAUAGUUUACUGCAUUUACAUGUCAGUUCUUUAAGUUCCUCGACUCUCACUGUGAUAUUUGUACAUAAGAAAACUGGUGUAUAUUUGUAAUGGAAGUAUUGAAUUUAUCUGUGCUGUUAUUUUUGGGCUUUGCGACUUCAUUUGCAAAGCCCUAAAACACAAUUCAAUCAACAGUUUAAUAGGAAAUGAACAGGAAAAUGAGUCAUUUGCUUAUUAUUACAUAAAGGCUGCGCAUCCCUUAUAAACUGUGCACUCUAUACGCAAAUUGUUUUGUGUACUAUAGCACGAGAACAGUUUUAUUGGGCAAGCAAAUAGUUGGGACCCUCUUUUCCCCUUCACUGUUUGUUUUGGUAGUUGAACACUAGGGGGAGUAUUUUCCACCGGACAGUUGAGGGAUUUUGUCUCUCUCUUGAUUCCUUUCUCUGGCUCAGUUUGCAGAGAACGGGAAUUCACAUUGUAAAUACUUUACAGAGCAGGGAGCAGGUUAUUGCAACGGUUUUGGCAACAGUUUAUGUUGUAUGUUUUUAAUUUAUUUUUUGGCUACUGUGUCAGUGAUUAUGUCUGUAUGUCUAAGAUGACAGCUGUAAUAAAUGUUUGUAUUUCCAAGGAUAGUUGCUCCACACCAGACAUUCAGUUCUCUUCACUUUAACUUGUUGAAUUUCCAAGAAUGUGUUUCCCAAAUAAAGAUAUUACAGUCAUUCCUUUAAAA